AUGUCGGAAGUGGGGAAAAAAGUGUCUGAAGAGGAGUUGGAGAAGCAGUACGCCGACUACAGAGCACAAUUCGAGCAGUGGAAGGAGAGUAAUAAAGGAUCCGUCGGGACAGACGCCUAUAAUCAAUAUGUUCAUCAGUUUGAGCAGUGGGAGAGAGAAGUUGAGGCUAGAAAAGCACAACAAAUGAAGCAUCGAAAGGUGAUAGACAAGGAGGCGGAAGCUGCCGCCGCCUAUGCUCAAUCCCAACAAGCCUACAUGUCACACCAUCUGAAAGCGAUGGAACAACAGGAAAUGCAGCAGAGAGCUGCCGCCGCGGCGGCUGUCGCUGCCGUACAGCAGCAACAAAUGAUGCAGAAUAUGAUGAUGAGACAGACAGCCGAACAAGCCGCACCACAAACAGAACGUGAUCUCUUCAUAAGAUUUAUGAUGGGUGGAUACGAUGGACCACCAAUAUGGGGAAAUUCGAAGCCCACUUAUGAUCAGAGAGACCCACUAUUCGCCAAAUGGGGUGAACGAGCGGCGCCGGCGUAUCACAAAGCGGACACCGAGCAACAGAUUAAUCCAGUCGCGUGUUGGCACCUUCUGGAGGCACUCCGCGAGAAGAAGAUGGUCCUGGCACCGCAUUCGAGUCAACCACCACCACCAGUUCAGAUUUCAGCCACAAUUCCACCCCAAGGACCACCGCCACAAUUGUGA